AUUUUGUUGGUGAGAAAAUUGACGCGCUGUCAUGUGACGUAAUCGGCCAUGAAAAUUCAGAGCAGUGCGAUAAAGUGAGUGAUUUUCGUGAUUUUCUGGCUAAAAACUCUGUGAAAUUGUUUCAAAAACACUGGCACUUUUUGCGCAAGAGUACAUAGAACUAGUCGAAGAUGGUGGACAAAUUUAUAAGUAUGUGGAAAGUGCGAGAACUCGCCGACAAAGUGACAAAUGUCGUGAUGAAUUACACGGAAAUCGAGGGGAAAGUGCGAGAGGCAACAAAUGAUGAACCAUGGGGCCCCACGGGGCCUCUAAUGCAGGAAUUAGCCCACGCUACUUUCACCUACGAACAUUUCCCGGAGGUGAUGUCGAUGCUCUGGAAGCGAAUGCUGCAGGACAAUAAACAGAACUGGCGGAGAACGUACAAGAGUCUCCUCCUGCUCAACUAUCUCGUGCGAAAUGGGUCUGAGCGAGUGGUGACGUCGGCCAGGGAACACAUUUAUGACUUGCGAUCGCUAGAGAAUUACUCAUUUAUGGAUGAAAAUGGGAAGGAUCAGGGUAUUAAUGUGAGGCACAAGGUUCGUGAGCUCAUUGACUUUAUUCAGGACGAUGAGAAAGUGCGCGAGGAGCGGAAGAAGGCAAAGAAGAAUAAGGACAAGUACAUUGGGAUGAGUUCUGAUGCCAUGGGUGGACGAUUCGGUGGCUACAGUGACAAAUACAACGAUUCACGAUAUGAUGACAGAAAUUGGUAUUCGGAAUCUUCCAGAGGAGGGGGUAAUCAUUAUGAAGACGAGUAUCCUUAUGAUGGUGAAAGAGAGGAUUCUGAUCAUGAAUCCGGAUACAAUUCAGCCAAACGCUAUUACGACAAGGAACGCACGAGUCCAUCGCGUACGAUUUCAUCUGUGGCCACAGCGUCAACGGCAACGUCUGAGGUGAAGAAGCAAUCAAAUCCAAUUUCUGUCAAGUCACCAACAAAGCCACAGCCACCGAAGCCCGUAAGCAAAAAAAUUGAUAUGGGAGCAGCGGCAAAUUUUGGCAAAAAUUCAGAAUUGGGCAUCAAUUCGCCAACACACAAGUCCAGUCACGAUGAAGAUCUCUUCUCGCCUAACAAUAACACCGCAGCUGCCAAGAGCAAUGAUCUGCUGGAGGAUUUGUUCAGAACAUGUCCACCGGUUCAGGGUAAGGGACCGAGUGGUGAAGUCAGCCUGGAGGAUGACUUCAAUCCACGAGCUGAGGACAAUCAGGAGUUUGGAGACUUUGCUAGUGCUUUUGGCAACGAAAGUGCAACAGCAGCAGCCGCAACGGCACCGGCUAAGAAAGUGGAUGAAUUUGCGGAUUUUUCAGCGGCUUUUCUGGGCGGUACCGAAGUUCCAGCAGCAGCAGCACCAGCGCCCACGGUGGCUGGGAAUGCAAAUACACUUCUUCUCAGCACAACUCCACUGGCUUCCAACAAUUUCGGACCAUCGCCCACGAUCAACAUGUUUGGUAGUGCAAUGCCAGUUCAGAAUCCAGCCCCGGCUCAGGAUCUUCUGUCUGACUUCAGUGGACUGCAGCUGAACACAACGCCACUCAAUGUUUGCGGAGGUGGAAAGAGUCAAUGGAUGAGAACAUUUGAGGACAGUUUGGAGAAAUUGUCGAGAAAACUGGAGACAUUGGAGAGAAUUUCCACAGAGAGGGAGGAAAUGGAAGUGAGAGAAUUGCUGAGAAAGAUUCUGGAUAUGGUUCCUUGUGGAGGGAAUGUUCAGGAGCUGAUGAUGAGAGAUAAUGAUGGUUUGAGAGUAAUUGCUGAGGAGGAAUAUGGAAAUUUGUUGGGAGGUUUAUUGAGAGUUUUCCAUCAGGGAAAUUCCAAUGAGGAUAUUGAGAAAUUUUUCCUCAUUCAUUGCAAUUGUGAUUUUGUUGUGGAAUCCUUGGAGAUUUUGCUGAAAGGGGAGAAUUUAAAGGUGAAUUUGUGCCUUGUUGGUAGGAUUUUGGAGCAAAUGAUGGAAGAUGUUGACGUACUUUGGACAGCUUUUUUGGAUUUGAGUCUCCAAGGGGGUGGUCAGGAGGGAAAUCCAUUGGAGCAAUUGGAAAAGAAAUCCUCAAUGGAGAGAUUUAUUCAAUUAUUGGUGAGUGUGCCAGAGAGAUUGGCAAAUUGCCUGGAGGGCAAAAGUGUCCCAGAUAUUUUUACACGAGAAAUUUGGAGUCAAAAGUUGACAGUAAGAAUUCUCCUGGGAUUGUACUCUGUUGGAAAAAUCAAUUUUAGUGAGAAAAGGGAGAUUUUUAGUACGACAUUCUUGGCUUUAAUAUUUAGUAGGGUAAUUGUGGAUUAUAAUUUUGAGAAGAGAUCUGCAGCUUUGGUUAGAAGUGUUCGAGUAUUAGAGGCAUUUGCGGCGGAAAAUGAAUUUUUGAAGCAAACUGUGAGGCAAUUUCUGGGCAAUCUAACGAGAAAUGCUACAGAAAUCUAUGCGGUGAUUAUUUUUGAGAAUGAAGGGAAUGCUAAGGAAGUCCUUGGGGAUAUUCUUAGUCAUUCAGAGGCUUGGAAAUUUGCUCUUUUGACCAAAAUUCCCCUUUUAACAUUCACAAAGUCUUCAGGAACUGUGAGGAAUCUCGUGAGGUAUCUUGCGUGGCUUUCUGAUCGGGAAAAUGAGGGGUACUUUCUGCAGGAUUUGCUGGGAAAAGUCCUCAAUUCCUGGUCAAAUAAAUUCAGUAUUGAGAAUGUUUCAAUUGAUCAGCAUAUUUUUAUCACGAAAAUUUUGAUUUUGGGGAUUAUUCAGUUGAAAGCAAUGAAGAAGUACAAGUUAAAAGAAGAUCAAAAGUUCCUGGAGCAGAUCAAGAAAAAGCUCUAUGAAGGAAUUCCUCAUCAUUUGCAAGCAAUGGAUGCAAAUUUACGAGCUGUUGGAAUGAUCACAGCUGAGAUGAUCCUCAAUGAGAUCGAAGAUGUGGAUUCUGAGUCAAAAUUGGAUUUUGAAGUGGAAAAAAUGGGAAAAGUUGAUGUGAAUUUGAUAAAAGAACUCAGAGGAUUGGUUGAUCUUGCUACUGAAGAUCCUUCCCCGUCCAUUGAUCUUGCAGAAAUGAUCAUGAAGAUCGAGAAUGGGGGAGAAAUACCCGUCAAGAUCAAAGAGAAAGAACCUAAGAAGAAAAUUCCAGAACCUGAAAUUCAGGUCAAAAUUCCAGAAAUUCCAGAUGAAGAUGAUCUGGAUUCUGAUGAUGAUCUUGUUCCCUAUGACAUGAGCAAUGAUGUCCCUUUGAAAGAAGCUCAAGCUCCCAAGUAUCUUCUGGAUCUUGAGGAAGGUCUGACAGAUGCAGAAAAUGUCGAGAGAUUUGAACAAAGUCUAGCAGUCUGUAGUGAUUUAAUCUAUCGCCAGCUUCCGGACAAUGAAGUCCGCUUGGGGAUUAAUCUACUGCAAACUCUCCUGUGCCUCGAGGACAAGACCUACUGUGAGAAUUUCGAAGAGAAUCGCUUCUCCGGAUGCCUAGCAAUUUGCUGUGUCAUCCCAAAAGAAGCUUCAGAACACAUCUGCAGAGAAUUCUACACAAAACAGUCAAAUUAUUCUGUCAGCCGAAGAAUAUUGAUGCUAGAAAUUCUUGCUGAAGCAUCCAAAGAACUGUCAAAAAUCCAGAAAACCCAAUCAGAUCCCCAGCAAAAAGACAACCUUCCCAAAUCGGAGAUCACGAGAAAAUUCACAGUCUCAGAGCCAGAUCGAAUGAAGGAAGCUCGGGAGGUGAUAGAGAAGAGAAUCCUGGCAAAAACUCGAAGAUUCGCCACAAAAACCCAAAAUGUCGCAGCAUCCGGAACAAUAAAUCGCUUUGCAGCAGUUUCAGGAUCAUUCUUCUGGCCAUUGCUUCAUGGAUUUGGUCGGAAUCAAUUGAUUCUGGAGUCCAAGCAGGGGAAAUUGAAGCAAGAAACAGACACAGUUCUCCUAACAGCUUUCAUCAAGACCCUCUCAGUUCUCAUGAUGUCAUCACAGAAUUGUCCAGGAGCACCAAAAUAUGCAAAAGAACUCUUUGCAUUGGGAGCAGUUUUGAGAUUUCACACUGAUGCAGCAGUCAGAUUGGCUGUCUUCCAGAUGAUUGGAUCUAUUCUCAUGACUCUGCCAGGGGAAAUGCUAAAAAGGGAGUUUCAGGACUAUCUCCUGGAGCUGGUGAAUUGGCUGACGGAGAGAGUUGGGAAUAAUGUGGUGAAGAAGGAUCCGGAUGAAGAGUGUAAAAAUCUUGGGAGGCAUCUUCUUGUUUUCUGCACAAAUAUCCUCAAAGAAUUUAAUUGAUUUGCAUUUAACAUUCUCUUUAGUUUGUACCUUUUUUUUACUUUUAUAUUAAUUAAAAAAAUAUAUAAAAGAGAUCUCGAGAUACAUGAUAUGUAUUUUGUAAUAAAGAAAUUUAUAUUCUUGCAUUGAAUUUAUCAAGAAUUCUUGGAAUUUUUGAGCGAAUGUCUCUCAUAUUGAAUUGAAUUAAAGAGUGGCUACUUACUAAA